AUGGUGGUAAGGUGGCGGGUUUUUUGGUGCUGCUGCUUUACACUGCCACCACUCGGCGCUUUACGUUUGAAGGCGGCACGUUCCGUAGCGGAUCCCAGCGACGGUUCAUCUGCAAACCAAGGAGACGCCGUCACGGAGUCCUCAAGCACCAGGGAUGAAGUUCUAAGAGACAAGCGUGCCCAAAUCCUGUCACGUGGCCUUCCAAAACAAAAACCAAUAGAAGGAGUUAAACAGGUAUUGGUUUUGGCUUCAGGAAAAGGGGGAGUUGGAAAAUCAACAACAGCAGUAAAUAUAGCCCUCGCGCUAGCAGCAAAUGAUUCGACAAAAGAAGUUGGCCUGCUUGAUGCAGACAUAUAUGGGCCUUCAAUUCCAAAGAUGAUGAACUUGAAAGGAAAUCCAGAAUUAACACCAAAAAAGCUAAUGAGGCCCCUUAAGAACUAUGGCAUCGCAUGUAUGUCUAUGGGUUUCUUGAUAGAAGAGACUGCCCCAGUUGUAUGGAGGGGGCUUAUGGUAAUGUCUGCUGUUGAGAAACUGCUGAGACAGGUUGACUGGGGUCAACUGGACUAUUUAGUAAUUGACAUGCCACCUGGCACAGGAGAUGUACAGCUCUCAGUCUCACAGAAUGUUCCAAUUGCAGGGGCUGUGAUCGUCUCCACUCCACAAGACAUUGCUUUGUUAGAUGCACGCAAAGGAGCUGAAAUGUUUAAAAAAGUCCAUGUACCUGUUUUAGGACUUGUUCAAAAUAUGAGCGUUUUCCAGUGCCCUAAAUGUAAGCAUGAGACGCACAUUUUUGGAGCUGGUGGUGUAAGAGAUCUAGCGAAAAGCCUUGGACUGGAUAUUUUAGGAGAUAUUCCACUGCAUGUUAAUAUAAGGGAGAUGUGUGAUUCAGGACAGCCUGUUGUGAUCUCACAGCCUCAAAGUGAUGCUGCUAAAGCCUAUCUAAGAACAGCUAUGGAAAUAGUAAGACGACUGCCAGUACCUCCUGCUUGAAGUGUUUAUCACUAAAACUUACCAAUAAAGCAGCAGAAGAAGAGGCCGCUACUUAAUUAUAUGGACUCCAUAUUUGAUUUCUAAGAACUUGUUAGAAGUUGGGUUCCCAGAGUUUGAAAUAUGAUUGUAAUAGUUACUGUUUUUCAAGUCAUUAUUUAGCCAUGUCCAAAUGGACUGAACUAUGCAAAAGAUGAUAGAUGGUAUUUAACUGCUGGUUUGUAAGAUCACCGAAGAAGAAGAGUUAAAGUAUAGCUUUUGAAUGUCUUCCAUUUUAACAUCAAGAAUAAAAAGCAUCCUCUCCAGCCAAGCAGAAUGAUGAUAAGGAUGCCAGAGCGUAAAUCCUGCUUAAAAGAUGACAUUUGCAACACUCUAAUUCAUGUACAUUUUGGUUCAGCUUUUUACUUGCUUGUUUAAUUACCAACGUGACUGUAAAUAAGGUUUGUAAAAUUUGAAGUAGCUAACUCAGUUGUAUAACUGCAAGAUGUUUGUGUGUUCAUCUUAACAAACAAACAAAAAAGCCCUUCCGCAUAUAGUCUUGAAGGUUUUUUUUUUUUUUUUUGAUGGUGGAUCAUGAGCAAAUUCUCUUAUUAUUGGGUAAUACUAGAUCAUGAGGUAAUUCACGGUUUAUUGGAUAAUGGACUACAUGACCCUUAGGCAUAUUUCUUGACUGCAUUGUAUUGUAAUGGAAACAGGUAGAAGACUAGGUAACAAAAGGUCUUCACUGAAAACCAGAUGUUGCACCUGAGCUCACUUUGCCAGGGGAUACAAAUGAUGAAGAUGAAUUAAAUUAAUUGCAUACUCUUAAUGCAAUGCAGCAACUUCAGCUUUGAAUGUAAAGCUGCAACUUGGAAAGAAAGAAAGAUUUGAUCUUCAAACUGUGUGGCCGCUUUUUUUUUUUUUUUUUAAUUGCCUUGUAUUCUGUGAUCUUUAUUUUUGUGUUGGUGUGUGGAAGUGAAGAGAUAUGCCUUCGGAGAAUGAGUUUCCAUUUACAAUUAAAAGUUUCAAUUGACGUUUUGCCUUUCUCACGUAUACAAUCAAGUAUAGACAUCUUAGACAUGAAAUCUUAACCAUACUGAAAUCUAGGGAGUUUUGUUGUUGACCUUAGUGGGACCAAGAUUUUUCCUGUAGUCCAAGUAAUUACUGAUAAAUUUUGAAAUAGUUGUUUUUCAUAUUGAAGUGAUAGAACGUAAAAGGUUAAUGUUGCAUUAGGAACAUUUAAGUCAUAUGCACCCAGAAUUUACAUGACAAAGUUAGACAUGAAUUACAGGUUGAAUUUUAAGCUUUAGCUGAUUUUGCAAGCACAAAUUAGGUGCUCCAAAACUGCUUUACUUCCAGUCAGUACUUAUCCAUGUAAAUGAACUGCCUCCUCACCCACCAAAAGAGAUCUAAAAUCAGAGAUCAACAUUUCCAGUAGCAUAUUAUGCCCAGCCUUUAGAACUGACACUAAUAUUCAGUCCCUGUUGGUUGUCUAAUAUAUUGCAGAAGUUAAAGCUGGCACAGUGUUUUCCCCUUCGUUAUUUUCCCGAUAACUUACUGGUUUUUUUGAAUUGAGUUUUAUCUCCCCACAUAUUAUUUAUUCAUUUCUACUUUACCUACCUAUACUGAUGCGGAUGUCUAUAAGUAAUCCUGUGGCUGUUUGGCAUUGUAUAAUCAUAAAUCUUGGUGAGGGGCGGAGGAAGGGAUUUCUGACUUUUGCUUAAAAAAA